CCCAGUCGAAUGUAUGUCGACAUCGCUAUUGAUGUGACCUUCCUUGAUAGUGUAGUACAGGGUUCCUAAGCAGAAAACGGGCAAGCCUGAAUACUAUAAAGCUAUUCCAUUACAGGAGCUUUAGUGAUAAACACUAUUGUCAUAUCAACAGAUUGUUUACCCCGCCGUCCGCAAGGGUAAUGAGAUCCGAAGAGGACUCAAACUCCUCUAGUCGUCGGAAGCCGACAGUAAGAGGGACUUGGCGUUUAUAUAAUUAGGGUCAUAGCCGGUUGCGGAUUAUUUCCAGGUCCAUCCUGUGGCACUCAGUGGUUGGGUCUAUUGAACUAACCAGGUACCUUACCAAUGGCAAUUUUCAAGCUAAUAGUGAGCCUGGUGGCGGCAGCUAUAGGCUCAACAACUGCACUCACGAGGGCCGACCCGGUGGUAUCAGUGAAGAAUGGUAGUUAUGAGGGUCUCUAUCUCCCCGCCUUCGACCAGGACAUCUUCCUCGGCAUACCAUACGCUCAAGAUACCGGUGGUGCAAACCGAUUCCGUGUCCCGCAAUCCCUGGACGAAACUUGGAACGGCACGCGGGAGGCUAAGACCUACGGCCCUGGAUGUCCUGACUAUUAUCUAUCGGCCGAGGUGUUACAUGGCAUGAGUGAAAAUUGUCUCAGCAUCAAUAUCGUGCGGCCAGCUGGAAUCAGCCAGAACGGCAACGGGACUACACUCCUGCCUGUUAUGUUUUGGAUCCAUGGAGGAGCAUAUCAGUAUGGUGGUAGCGCAGAACCUGAGUAUAAUCUCACCUAUCUGGUCCAGAAGUCGGUAGAUAUCGGCUUGCCCAUCAUAGGAGCUAGCAUAAACUACAGAAAAGGAGGCUUUGGGAACAUGUAUUCGAUCGAAAUCCAGGGUUCUGGAAAUACAAACUUGGCGCUGCGAGAUAUGCGUAAGGCUUUGGCCUGGGUACAGGAGAACAUUGAGAACUUCGGGGGUAAUGCUUCAUCCGUGACGAUCUGGGGGCAAUCAGCCGGAUCAUUCGCCGUUGGCCAACUUGUAAUGAGCUACGGCGGGCGGACAGAUGGCCUCUUUCAUCGAUCUAUCCAGGAGAGCGGCAGUGCGACAACAGCUUGGUGUAACGGGUCGGAUUGGUACCAACCCAUUUACAACAAGAUCGUUGAUCAAGUCAACUGUAGCUCGGUACCGGACACAUUAGAAUGUUUGCGGACCAUCGACUAUGAUACCCUUUACCCCUUUUUAAACUCAUCGGCUACUCCCGGUCCGGGCUAUUACCCUACUGUUGAUGGUGAUAUAUUACCAAACUACCCGUCGGAGCUCCUCCAUGCUGGACGCUUCGCACAUAUCCCGCACCUCUACGGGACAGUAUCCGACGAGGGUACUGAUAAUGCGCCGCUGGGCAUCAAUACAGACACGGAAUUGCAGACCUUUCUUUUGGACGGCGUGGGUUUUGACUUUCCUGUUGGGACCGUUGACCGCAUCCUAGAAUUAUACCCCGAUGACCCGGCGCAAGGUGUUCCCGUGAAUACGGGCGAAGAACGGUUCGCUGAUAAAGGGUGGCAGUAUAAACGUGUUGCAGCCAUUGUCGGGGACAUCUUCUACCAUGGGCCGCGACGGUUUGAUGCGAGGCACUACGUCAAGUAUUCGCCGACAUACACAUAUCGAUUUAACACUCGGCCCUGGGAGAGCACAUCCUCCAACACCACGGAAGCAGAUAAUUCUACUAGCAUCGGCGGCGGAGAGCUUGCGCCGGCGUAUAAAGGCGUCGAGCACUUUAGUGAAGUAGCCUUCGUUUUCGCCAAUCCAACGACGGUAGGGCCAUGGCCUGAGUACCGCCACCUGAGCGACCAACUUAGUAGCCAGUGGAUACGGUUUGCCCAUACCGGAGACCCAAAUGGUCCUGGACUACCACACUGGCCGCAAUAUGACGAAGCGGAAAACGGCGUUAAUCUGGUCCUGCAAACGGAGGCGCAAGGCGGGUCGUACGUUGAGGACGACACAUAUCGGUUAGCAGGGCGCGAGUACUUGACGCAAUGGUCGAGGAGGCGGCAUGUAUAAACCGUUAAACAAAUGUUCACGAGUAGUAAUAGUUUAUCCUAACAGUUGGUACGGAGUCAAUGCACCACUUACCUGCUGAGAUGAGACUUCGACAAUUUAAAUUUUUGCCUUGAACAAGACAAUAUUCAGAAACCUGA